GCUGUUUUGGUGCAAAACACUAGAACCUACGUUAAGGUUCCUUAUCCUUACGUAUAACUAUAUACGUAUAUAUAUAUAGGGCUCGCUCUCUGCAAUUGGAAAUCGCCGGAUCCAUUGAAAGGCCAAGUUCGCCGCCUAUCCACCCAUGCAUUCGAAAAAUGGUGGAGACGAGCUCGCCGUCCUCUACAGUUGCCAGAGAUGAAUCUUCACCAUCCUCAAAAUUGGAAUCGUCCGAAUCAUUGGCGUCGAUUGCAGAGAAUCUUCAACGUACGGUCCUUCAAUCCUCUGCGAUUCACGCUGCUCGUUCUUUGAGACACAACUCUUCCACCCAUAUCCGUUCCUUGCAGGAUUUUUUUCCUGAAGCAAUAUCGCAGUACAGAACUUAUGAAGAUGCUUUCAUCAAUAAAGUUAAAGAUGGAUUGAUGGUUGCCAGGGAACAGCCAGCCAUGGUUAUUGGGUUUGCAAUUUCUGCUACCCUUCUUAUGCGAGCUCCAAGAAGGUUUUUGUUUCGUCAUACAUUAGGUCGACUCCAAAGUGAGGAGGCACGGUAUGUGAGUGCUGAGAAGAAUGUGAAGGACUUGAACCUAUCAGUAGAUUUAAUGAGGAAGGAGAGCAAAAAAUUGCUGGAAAGGACAGCUCUCGCUGAGAAGAAUAUGAAAUAUGGGCAUAAUGAACUCAUGAACUCGGGAGCCCAAAUUCAACAUCUUGCAAAAUCUAUUUACAAGGUUGAAGCCCAAGCUGCAGAUCUGACGGAUAGGCUCCGGCACAUACCCAGUCGUGAAGCUCUGGCACUUAGAGCAGAGGUUGCUUCAUUAGCAUCGAUUUUGAAGAGGCAGAGACUUGUGCUUCACAGACGGAUAAUGAAGAUCUCCGAAUUAGGGGUUCCUGUGUGAGUUGUUGACAUCCAUCUCCUUUUGAAUUAAAAAGAAAAAGAAUAAAUUGAAGUUUUUAUUCACAUUUGUCAUUGAUUGUUACCAACCAUUACUAGCUGCCACUAUCUAUUGUUGAUUAUUGUUGAAUGUUGUUAGUUAUCUUUGAUCAUUGCCAACUGCUAUCGACCCUCGACCAUGUUUGAGUGUUGUCGACCAUUACUGUGUAGCACCCUUGGCUACCAUAUGAGUUGGGUUUUUGUGAGUCCUUUUUUUCUUUUGA